CACUGCAGCUGCACCGUUAAGCGCGUUCCACGGUUGUGUUUAUAUUUUGGUAGUGUGCGCCCUGCAUUGUUUUUCUAAGUUUCUUUGCAUCCCAGACGUUAUUUUCAAGGUUCCUCUCUCGGCGGCCGCACAAAAAAUGCAUAAUAUUUUUUAUAAGGUUACAUAAGUGCGUGUAACCGAAGCAGCUUGCCUCUAAAAAGUUCCUGUACCCAGUGGCCCCAGUGAGCAACACAAUAUAGUAUACAAUAGUUUCGCUUCCGUCAUACUUGGCACGGUAAGCACCCAUAAAUUCUGGAAGCCAAUACCAGGCAGCACAAUUGGCAGAGCCCCCGGACAGACCCUCGGUUUUAGCACUCACACACUCACUACUAGUAAUAGUCAUUAGUUUAGAGUCUCGCCAUGAUGUGCGCCAUUGUCCGUGGUCCUUCCACCGGCCACAAGUUGGCCCUGUACCGUUCCGUGUCCGAGCUCCUCGGCCCAGUACACGAUGUCCGCUGCCUGUCCGCCGGAAGAGACCUGCAUCAACGGCAGGGGCAGCGGUUGCUCCAGAGCCCAGCCCAUCGUCAAGAUCUACUCUCGCUUUCCCGGGCGGCGGAGAGUUCUAAAUUAUCAGUGCGAAGCCUUCAUUCGGAUCACGACGCCAUGUUCUACUCGAUGUACGCCUACCUGUCCAACCUGCCACGCCUCCAUGUCCUGGGCAUGGCGGUGGUGGCCUAUGUGGUCUAUUACCUAAUCCAGGUGGUCAAGCGACCGAUAAUAGCCUGUUCGGAGGGUCCGUUCAAGCAGUAUCUGAUCCGCCAGGUGCCGACGCUGGAGAACAAGUACUGGCCCACCUUCUGGUGCGUGGAGAGUCGUGCCCAGACCGUCCUUGCGAGCCUGCUGCGCUCCAAGAGUCUGCCGCAUGUUAACUACCGCCGUGAGAUCCUCUCCCUUAAGGAUGGGGGCGAAGUGGCCCUGGACUGGAUGGAGGAGGGCUGCGACGCUAGCUCUCCGUGUAUCCUCAUCUUACCGGGUCUCACCGGCGAGUCGCAGGCGGAGUACAUUAAGUGCCUGGUUUUUGCCGCCCAACAGGCUGGAAUGCGUGUGGUGGUGUUCAACAACCGAGGACUUGGCGGCAUAGAGCUGAAGACACCACGCCUCUACUGCGCCGCCAACAGCGAGGAUCUGUGCGAGGUCAUCCACCAUGUGCGUCGCGUUUUGCCCGCACACUGCAAGCUGGGAGCCACUGGAAUCUCCAUGGGUGGCUUAAUUCUGGGAAACUAUCUAGCCCGUAGGAGCGAAGAGGCCAGGAGCUUCCUGUCGGCGGCCAAGAUCAUCUCGGUGCCCUGGGACGUGCACAAGGGAAGUGCCAGCAUCGAGAAGCCGGUGAUCAACAGUCUGCUGGGACGCCACUUGGCGGGCAGUUUGUGCCGCACCCUGCGCACUCAUCUGGACAUCUAUAGGGACAUUUACCAGGACUCUGACAUCGAUAUCCAGCGCAUCUUGCGCUGCACGACCAUCAAAGAGUUCGACGAACUGUUCACGGCCAAGCAGUUCGGCUAUGCCCAUGUGAAUGACUACUACGCGGAUGCCACGCUGCACAACAAACUAGAUCACAUUUCGGUGCCGCUGCUCUGCCUGAGUGCUGCCGACGAUCCGUUCCAGCCGCUGGAUGCCAUCCCCAUCAAGGCGGCCAAUCAGUGCACCCAUGUGGCCAUCGUGAUCACUGCUCGUGGCGGGCACAUCGGCUUCCUCGAGGGCUGGUGGCCGUCCACCAAGGACCAGUACAUGGGUCGCCUGUUCACCGAGUACUUCACCAAGGCGUUGUUCGACGAGGACGGCGAGUUCGAGCAUACGUCCAACAAGAUGCACGAGAGAUUCCUGGCCAAGCAGACGGUGGCGCUGGCCUCCUCGACACCAGUGCUGCUCGCCAAGAAGAUGGAAGCCAGUCAGUUGGACCACAAGGUCAAGCUGAUGUGAACGAGGAGCUCUACUCAGUGUUUGCCCAAUUAGGAUUUCCACUUAAAUACAUAGAUAUUCGAGAAUGUAUUCCGAUAGAUUUCCGUGAGCGAAGACUUUCGUACACAUGUGAUAUGAAACGUUGAUCAAAAUCCAAAGUGUUGUUAUAUACUCUAAGUCAUCGAACAGGGAACCAAAUUAUCAGUCAAUCAGCAUAGUGGCUUAAAUUACUCUUAGACCGUGACCUUAGUGACAUAUCAAAUUGAAAUUGCAAAUAGGCUUUACGAUUCGUAGUGGUACAUUCAAUAUACAAAAUAUAUGACACAAUGCAAUAAUCUUA